AGGUUUACAAACGAGGACCACCUGGCGGUUCAUAAACACAAGCAUGAGAUGACAUUGAAAUUCGGCCCUGCUCGAACUGACUCAGUCAUCAUAGCAGAUCAGACUCCGACCCCAACUCGGUUCUUGAAAAACUGCGAAGAAGUGGGACUCUUCAAUGAACUGGCCAGCUCCUUUGAGCACGAGUUCAAGAAAGCCGCGGAGGAUGACGAGAAAAAGAAUGCCGGAGCCCUGGACAUGUCACUGCCCUCCACUCCGGACAUCAAGAUAAAGGAGGAAGAGCCGGUGGAGGUGGACUCUUCCCCGCCAGACAGCCCUGCGUCUAACCCGCGGUCGCCACCGAACAAGGAGAAGAUCACCUCCAAGCCUGUAAUCAUUUCUACGCCUACUCCAACCAUCGUGCGUCCAGGCUCGCUGCCUCUACACUUGGGUUACGACCCGCUCCACCCUACGCUGCCUUCUCCGACCUCCGUCAUUACCCAGGCUCCCCCUUCCAACAGACAGCUUGGGUCUCCCACAGGUUCCCUUCCACUUGUCGUGCAGCUUGCAAACGGACAGACCAUGCCCGUCCUCCCAGGCCCUCCCGUACAGAUGCCUUCUGUUAUAUCGCUGGCUCGGCCGAUGUCCAUGGUGCCGAACAUUCCCGGUAUUCCUGGACCACCCAUCAACAGCAGUGGGUCCAUUUCGCCCUCAGGACUGCCAGUACACUCAGAAGCCAAAAUGAGGCUGAAGGCCAGCUUGACAGCGUCUUCCUCACUGAACGGCAGCAACCUGGUGGUGGGCUCAGCCAGCACGAUGGUGACCGCACGUCCGGAGCAGAGUCAGAUCCUUGUCCAGCAUCCUGACGCCCCUUCCCCAGCUCAGCCACAGGUUUCCCCUGCCCAGCCCACCCCCAGCACCGGCGGGCGACGGCGACGCACAGUUGACGAAGACCCUGAUGAACGCCGGCAACGUUUCCUGGAACGGAACCGGGCUGCUGCGUCCCGCUGCCGUCAGAAACGCAAGCUCUGGGUGUCUUCCUUGGAGAAGAAAGCCGAGGAGCUCACGACCCAGAACAUCCAGCUGAGCAAUGAAGUUACGCUACUGAGGAACGAAGUUGCUCAACUUAAACAGCUCCUGCUGGCUCACAAGGACUGCCCCGUAACUGCACUACAGAAGAAAACACAGGGCUAUCUCGGUGGCCUCCGCAGCCUCCGCGGUGAGGAGGAGCCACCCAGGCUGGACCCGGUUGCUAAGAUCCUGCAGCCAGGCAGCGAGGGCGAUGGCG